UGUAAAUAUUCUCAAAGAUUGAAGUGCAAAAUGCCGACUUGUUCUGGUCCUCGAAUGUCAAAGCUGGAAGCAGGCUCCAGCCAGGAAAUGAAAAAAGAUAUUUUACUUCUUGAUCUUCCACAAAAUCCUAAUGUUCGUUGGAAUAAGAAAUGUCAACCACAAAGUCAACUGAAAGGAAUUUACACAUGGACCAGUUCACCUCGUACACUUUAUCAAAAUCGGAUGAUGAUUAGAGAGAACAAUAAUCAGUCAAGAAUGCCAUCAGUGCCUUUUAAAGCGGACGAGACUGCGGACGAGAAAAGGGAGACAACUGGUGAAUUGACGAUCUUGACGGCUGAGAGUUCAUCUGAAAGAUUCAGUUCUAAACCUGAAGCCAUUGUGAGACCUCUCAGACGACGGGAACCUUCAGACGAUGAGAAUCGUCCGCCAGAAUUACAGAAUUUGGAAGCUCAAAUAAUUGAUAAAUUAGUGAAACUAGAGAAACCUCAAAAAGCACAAAAAGACUUUGAGAAGAAGCCUUUAUAUCGACACAGUCAAUCGCGUGAAUCUAAAAAAAGUUGGAGAGAUGGAAUUUCAACAAGCGAUGAUCCAGUAAAACGUCCUUUGUUUAUAACGACCGUACCUCGCGGUGUCUUUCUUCAACCACAGCCAGUUAUACGCGAAAUUGUGGCGAAGGCACGGCAUGUUUACGCUUUCGCCAGCCGCCCACGCAUCUUAGGCCAACACAAUCGUCGCGAGCUUCAACCAAAGCAGAACAAUCAGAAUAGCAAUAAUAAUUUAAUUAACAAAAAUAUUCAUUCGUUUGAUGAGCUGGUUGACUCGCGAAUAUCUUGCGAUAAAGUUGAUGAUGACGAUACAUGCAGAAUUGAAGGCGUUAAAAUACCAAGGACAAGAGAAAGUCAAGCAUGUCAAAAUUUGAUGUAUGAUCGUCGUGUGGUGCGUGGCAGUAAUUUUGCAUCGACAUCCAACAUUCCAGUGGCUUGGGAUCCUUAUUUUGCUUACGCCGGACUUCUUUCGGGAAAGGGCGAUGUCGAUCCCACUCGUAAAGAAGAAGAAGCGAAACGACGUCAGUUGUUGAGAAAGCGACAAGUCUCACGUAACCAACGUGGAGUCAUCGGAACUCCCCCGCCUGUUCAUGGACGAAAGCAUGAAACAAUUCAAACCGAAAAAUAUCUCGAAGAGCUUUUCACACGACCAAUUGAAAUUGAACAAUCAUGUCAAACUGAUUUGUUCCUUCAACGCCCACCAACUCCACCUUAUGUGUGUGAAAAAGUUGGCGUUGACGUCUCGACAGAAAUCAGCGAAGGAGAACUUUUUGAUUUUGACGCAGAAGUUCAACCAAUUCUUGAAACACUCAUUGGUCGAACACUUCAACAAGCACUUGCCGAAGUCAUUCAUGAGGAAGAAAUUGCUGAUCUACAAGUUCAACAACAAAAAUUGUUGGCAAUUCGUGAAGCAGAAAUGGCGGAACUUCAACGACUUGAAGAACAAGAAAAUCGUUUGCAGAGUGAAAAGAAUCGUCGAGGAGAAGAAGAAGAACAUGCGGCAGAAGAAGAACAACAAAGACAAGAUCGUGUGACUGCAGCAAAACUUUUACAAGGUCACAUUGCUGAUCUUCUGCCAAGCGUUCUGGACUCAAUCGAUUCAGUUCGUGAAGCAGAAAACAAAGAUGAUUUGCAGCAGAAACUCACACCUUGGCUUGCUGAAGAAGUUGCUUCUGAAAUUGGACAAAUGAUCGAUUCACGUGAACUUCUCUUGGAAAUUGUCAAAGAAGUUUUACAUCAUCGCGCUGAACUUUAUGCUCGAUUUGAAGAAGAUACGUCCAAGGAAGAUGAUGGAAACAUGUGAUACGACGAUAAAUAAUUUUGGCAUUGAACUUAUGAAAUUUUCUUUUAAAUAUUUUCAUGUACUGAAUAAACUAUAAAAACUGCUUAAUUUUGAAUUGGAGAAGGAAAUAAAGAAGUAAAUGAGAUUUCAUUCAUC